AUGUCGGCUCCGACCGAAGUCGAGAAGGCGACUCCCCCGGCUGGGGUUGCUCCCACCGGGGGAGUCCUCGGGGAGAAGAAGGGUCCAGCCUUUGAGGCAACCUCCAACACGUCAAUGGACGAUGUGCCUGUCAACCAGCGCGUGGACGAUGUCUUGAAUGCGACGGAGGGUGACCUCGUUGAGGCCAAGGCAAUUGCGGCACAUAUGUCUUUGGAGGAGGUUCAUACCAUCAUGGCAGAUGUCUUGAAGGUCCACAAUGACGACCCCAACUUUCCUUUUACCGUCAUCGAGCGUAUUCGGGAGUUUAUCUCCAAUGGGGAUGUCUUCACGAACCCGGACAAGCACGAGGAGCUCAUUACCGAGAUGAAGCUCGAGGCGGCUCUCAUCACCAACAACAGCCCGUACGCCGAGGUGCGAGCUGUUGUCGACAACCAUGAUGACCCGACUAUCCCAGUCUCCACAGUCCGGGCCUGGGUCAUUGGCCUUUUCUUCUCGAUGCUGCUGGCGUUCAUCAACCAGCUCUUCUCCAUCAGACAGCCUACGAUCACGGUCCUGGCCAACGUUGCCCAGCUGCUUUCCUACCCCGUGGGCAAACUGUGGGAGAAGACGGUGCCCGACUGGGGCGUCACACUCUUCGGGUCGAGGAUCAGCCUGAACCCGGCGCCCUUCAACAAGAAGGAGCACAUGUUGAUCACCAUCAUGGCCAACGUCGCAUACCAAACCCCGUACACCAACAACAUCAUCUGGAGUCAAUAUCUCCCCGCCUACUUCAACCAGUCGUACGCCGGGCAGUUCUCGUACCAAAUCCUCAUCGCGCUGUCCACCAACUUCAUCGGCUACGGGCUGGCGGGUCUCACGCGGCGGUUCCUUGUCUACCCGUCCUUCUGCGUCUGGCCGGCUUCCCUCGUGACGAUCGCGCUGAACACGGCCUUCCAUGACACGGCCAACGCCAAGGUCGAGGGACCGUUCCGCACCUGGUGGAGGAUGUCCCGGUACCGCUUCUUCCUGAUGGCGUUUGGCGGCAUGUUUGUCUACUUCUGGUUCCCGCAGUUCAUCUUCCCUGCGCUCUCCGUCUUCAGCUGGAUGUCGUGGAUCGCGCCCACCAACACCAAGCUCAACUCUGUCGUCGGGUUCAACAACGGGCUGGGCAUCAACCCGGUGUCGACCUUUGACUGGAAUACGCUCCUGUUCGACAACACGGACCCGCUGAUGGUCCCCUUCUUCUCGACGCUCAACAAGACGCUGGGCAUGUUGGUGAGCGCCAUGGUGAUUCUGAGCGUGUGGUACACCAACACGUGGUACACGGCAUCGCUGCCCAUCAACUCGAACCGCGUCUUUGACAACACGGGCAAGCUGUUCAAUGUGUCGCGGGCCAUCGACAAGCGCGGCAUCUUCGACGCUGCCAAGUACGAGGCGUACUCGAUGGCCUUCCUCUCGGCCGGCAACAUCUGCAUCUACAUCUUCUUCUUUGCCAUCUACCCGGCCACGCUCGUGUACAUUGGGCUGUACCACCGGUACGAGGUCAAGAUGGGCUUCAAGAGCCUGUGGCGGUCGUUCCAGAAGAAGAAGGAGGGCGAGGAGGAGUCGACGGCCCAGUACCAGGACGUGCACAACCGGCUCAUGAGCAAGUACAAGGAGGCACCCGAGUGGUGGUACCUCUGCGUGCUCGUGGCGUCCAUCGCCUUCGGCAUGGGCGGCAUCGCGGGCUACGAGACCUUCACGAGCCCGGGCACCGUCUUUUACGGCCUCGCGCUCUGCCUCGUCUUCGUGGUGCCCGUGGGCAUCGUCAAGGCCAUGACGGGCAUCGAGGUGACGCUCAACGUGAUCGCCGAGUUCAUCGGCGGCUCGUGGGUGGAAGGCAACGCGCUGGCCAUGAACUUCUUCAAGUCGUACGGCUACGUGACGUGCGCGCACGCCGUCUGGUUCGCAAACGACCUCAAGCUGGCGCACUACGUCAAGAUCCCGCCGCGCGUCACCUUUUGGGCGCAGAUGAUCGCGACGCUCGUGUCGACGUUUGUGUGCACGGGCGUGCUCAACUUCCAGAUGAACCAGAUCCCGGGUGUCUGCACGCCCGACGCGCCCAACCGCUUCACGUGCCCGGGCAUCAACACCUUCUUCACCGCCUCGGUGCUCUGGGGCACCAUCGGCCCCAAGAAGGUCUGGGGCAUCACCGGCCAGUAUUCGGGCGCCCUCAUCGGCUUCCCACUCGGCUUUGUGGUGCCCAUCAUCUUCUGGCUCCUGCAGCGCCGGUUCCGCAAGUCGCGGUGGCUGCGCCAGGUGCACCCCGUGGCCAUGCUAUACGGCGCCCUCAGCAUGGCGCCGUACAACCUCAGCUACCAGCUCCCCGCGGUGCCCAUCGCCUGGGUGUCGUGGAUCUGGAUCAAGAACCGGCACCUGGCCUUUUGGUCAAAGUACAACUUCAUCCUCUCGGCCGCCUUCUCGUCGGGCGUGGCCAUCGCCGCCAUCGUCAUCUUCUUCGCGCUGCAGUGGAGCGAUGUCGAGAUGCCGGCCUGGUGGGGCACCGACGUCGUCUCGCAGGGCUGCGAGGGCAAGGCGUGCGUGCUGCUGCCCAUCCCCAAGGGCGGGACGUUUGGGCCCCCGGCCGGCUCGUGGCAUUAG